GGCACGGCUACCUUUCAAGAUGGCUUAGGGAACUGUGAGGGAGACAAUUGUAUCGAAUGAAGCCUUUGCUGCUAUUUGUAAGAUGUUAAUAUGCGAUUCUAAGUUACUUUAUACGUUUAACAAUAAUGACUGAUUGUUUGUUGCGUUUCUUUCAGUUAGCUGUCGUCUAUACUUGCUCACGUAUCGUUAUAAAUAUCGUGCAGUUUUACUUCAUUUUGUACGUCACGGAUACGUUGUAUUUUAGCAAGGAGUCUAUUGCUUAUUUUCCACUGAUUCUUCUCAUAACGGAACUGUUUGCUAACACUCUCAUUAAGAAUGUUAGAAAGAUACUUGGGAAUAAGUGGACAUUUUGUGUAGCUGCUCUCGUGGUUCUUCAAUCCUGCAUCUGGUUUCAGCUCCAGUCUCAAACCGCGGGUAAAAACUUCGUUUUCUUGUCUGCAAUUAUGAUGUGCAGCGGUAGUUCAGUUAUGUUGACGACAUCGUUGAGUAUGCUUACAGACUUGGCCAAUAAAGAUAAGGGAUCCAGCGAGUUCAUUUACUCAGCGUUGGGAUUCUUGGAGAAGCUUUUUGUUGGUAUUAUCAUCAUUGUUAUUCAGAGUAACUAUCCCUGUGCUAAUAAUGGAGGUAAAUGCCCAGAAUGUGCUGACUAUGUCCGGCUAUUCUUCACCUUGACACCAGCCAUCGUGACAAUAGUUGCUCUCAUAAUGAUCUUGUUUGGUUUUAAGACAACAGUCAUGAUCUCCUGCAUAAAUACAGGUAUAGUUUUAAUAAUAUUAGGUAAAGUCCGGCAAUGAGGACUGGACGGGAUUUCAAGCCCCAGCAAAUAUUUCCAGAUCAAGGGAGCAAGGAUGGCCGAGCGGUUAAAACG